GAUAAUAUAAAUAUAGUUGAAAAUCGAAGCAAGGCCGCCAUAUUUUUUUAUCUUUCUCAAACCACCAGCUGCGAAGGGUCGUCGCAACUGUCAACAAGGUUUGUGGGUUGCUCCUCCUUUUGGUUUCUUCGAUUCAAAUCUGCUGUUAGUUUGCGUCUCUGGAUGAUUGAUGAAUCGAACCGCCUUUUAGAUUGCGUUUGUCCUAAAAAUAUGGCAAAGAGUUACUUCAAGCAAGAGCAUGAUUUGGAGAAAAGACGUGCUGAGGCUGCUAGGAUAAGGGAGAAAUACCCAGACAGAAUUCCGGUGAUAGUGGAGAAGGCAGAAAGAAGUGAUAUUCCAAAUAUAGAUAAGAAAAAGUAUCUUGUUCCGGCUGAUUUGACGGUGGGACAGUUUGUCUAUGUAAUUCGCAAAAGAAUCAAAUUGAGUGCAGAGAAAGCAAUUUUUAUUUUUGUGGAUAAUGUCCUCCCACCCACAGGGGCAAUUAUGUCUGCGAUAUAUGACGAGAAGAAGGAUGAAGAUGGGUUUCUCUAUGUUACGUACAGUGGAGAGAACACAUUCGGGUAUCAGACACCGCUGUAGCCUCCACCAAUAGUUUCUUUCACAGUUUCACCCCAUAUUUGCUAAUAUAAUCAUCCUUUUGAUUGCAUCAUCGCAUCGACAACGCUGUUAUUGCGUAUAUUUUUAUAUAUAAACCUUGCAAGUGAUAUGUACAGUUGCUGCAUUAUGCAUAUAUUUUCUAAGGACCUGUAUCAAGAAACAAUCUCCUGCUCCAUGCUUCCAAUAAUAAUUCUUGACAUUCUCCCA